AUGAAUCAACAAAACCCUAAUCAACAAAUACCCAGUGGACAACCACCACCAACACAGCAACAAGGACAACCAUCGCAGCAAGUGCUGUCUCAACAACAACAAGUUAAUCUAGCUCAUCCGAACGAUGUGCCCAAUGCUAAUUGGAGAAACGAAGUGUCUGUACCUGAUAGAAGCCGUUUCGUCAGUCAACUAAGUUUAGCCCUUAAACAUCUUUCGCCUUCAACGUCAGAUAGCGAAACGUAUAAUGUGGCGAGUAAUUUUGAAGCAGGUCUUUAUCAACGCUGUACAAGCAAGAAUCAAUACAUAUUGGCGUAUGCAAAAAAAUUCCAGCACAUCAGAGAACAAAUCAAUCAAAGCUCUGCUAAUAAUACUUCAUUAAGUGGUCUGUCUCUUCAACAACCCAUGUCGCCACUUGUGAACAAUGCUGCUGCAAAUAAUGGACAAGUGCCUUCUCCUCAAUUACAACGCCAUAACUUUCAAUCGCCUUUGAAUCUGAACCAGCAACAACAAUUGGCUGGUCAACAAAUGCGUCCUGCUGUUCAACCCAACUUUGGUCACCAACAACUUCAACAAGGUAGACCUCCUCAACAGGUAAUGCAAUCGCCUGCUCAACAGGCACAGGCUCAAAUACUAGCUUAUCAGCGAUCUGCUGCUGCUGCUGCCAUGGCGGCUUCGAACGCACCCCAAGUGAUGCAACAGCAGAGAUUACCAGGUCAACAAAUCCCACUUAAUUUGUUGAACAUGAACGCGGCCAAUGCUGCUCAGGCUGGAUUGAACAUUUCUCCUCAACAAUUUCAAAUGUAUUUUGCUCGUCAAAUGGCUCUUCAACAACAACAACAAACUCAGCAGCAGCAACAACAACAACAACAAUCUCAACAACAACAACAACAGCAGCCGCCAACACAACAGCAACAGUCUCAACCACCACCACAGCAGCCACCACAAGCAUUUUCACCUCAUAUGUUGCCACAACAACCACAACAACCACAACAGCAGAAUUCACCAAUUCAACAACAAGGAUUCCUGCCACAUGUUCAGGGAGGUAAUAAUAUGAUGGGUAUGACGCAACAACAGUUGAUGAAUUUGGGGUUGGCUGGAAAGCCUAUGGUGGGUAUGAGCAAUGUGAAUUUCAGGCCUCAAGCAUUCCCUCCACAACAACAACAACAACAACAACAACAACAACAACAGCAGCAGCAGCAAGAUAUGACUCAAGGGAACACAAAUGCUUCUACUGCUGGAUCACCCAUGCAGUCCAAUACAAUCGUGAAUUAUCCCAAUGCUGGAUCUGCUUCUUCUACGCCAGUGACUGUGCCCGCCACUUUAUCAGCACAACCCUUCACGAAUACCAUGGUUCGACCUCCACCUUCGUCUACAGGUCAACCUAUGAAUCAAGAAGUAUUGAUGCAACGAUUUCAGCAGCAGCAACAACAACAACAGCAACAACAGAAUAUGAUGCAAAGACCUCCAAUGACACAGCAACAAUUUGUACCACAACAACAAGGUUCGCAAAUGGUCCAGCGACCCCUUAUGAAUCUUCAACAACCCAUGCAACCCAACAUGAUUAAGCCAUUAACCAUUCAACAAAGAAACAAUGCUGCUGGUAUUGUCAGACAAAUUGACGAGAAUGUACGCCAAGGAAGAGUUCGUGGUGUGGCUAUUGAAGAUAUGUCUGAGGAGGAUAAAAGUGCUAUUCGUGAACAAAUUGGGCAAAUGAGACCCAUGUACGAUAAAAUUGAUAACCUCUUGCCUGUAUUUUUGGCCAUGACAAGUAAUGUGGAAGCAACGCGUCGUUUGGUGUUGAUGAAGUACAUGUUUGAAGAUCAAUUGAACGCUUUGCCGCACAACAAAUAUAUUAUCAGUCUGGAAAACUUGCACAAGUUACGGGAGCAAUUCAGUGGUUAUUUUACUUGGGUGCGCAAUGCUGUUGGUCAUCAGCAACAGCAACAGCAACAACAACAACAACAGCAAAUGAAUGCUAUGGUGAACCCCAUGAAUCCACAACAACAACAACAAAUGGGUUUAGGAUUGAUGCCCAUGUCUAUGCAACAACAACCACAGCAAACAAUGCUUCAACAGCAGCCACAGCAGCCACAACAACAACAACAAGCCAGUCCCAUUGUCAAUUUCAAUCAGUUGGGUCAGCAAGGUAUGGUACCACCACCACAACAUGGUAUGAUGGGACAACAGGCAGCUAUGAGUCAAGCUCAAGCCAUGAGCCAAUCUCAAGCACAAGCUUUGGCCAUGUUGCGUCAACAGCAACAAGCACAGGCACAAAUGCAACAACAGCAACAGCAACAACAACAACAACAAAGCCUUACACAAUCACAGGAACAUGUUACUAAUCCAGCCACCAAUCAUACUGUGCCAAAGUCAAACGAAAAUACACCUGUGAUGGCCAAUGCUAGUUUGACUAAUACACCUACCACACCUUCCAUGAGUAUCAAACGCGGUAGCAUUGAUCUGAAACUGCCUCCUACUAAGAAGCAGCGUGGUUCUAGAUCUGCCGCUCAGUCACCUACAUUAAGCAGAAAAAAUCAAAAGACAAACGAAAAGGAAAAAGCACAAGAAGCGACACCUGCUUCUGCUUCUGCUUCGAACAGUCCUGUCAUGUCAAACAACACCAAUAUUACACUUGCUCAUGCUAUGCAUACACCUCCAGCUGUAUCAACAGCCAUGUCACAGUCAUUGCCACCCUCACAGCCAUUACAACAACAACAGCAAGGACUUCCCGGUAAUAACAUGAAUGGAUUUAUGCUUCAACAACAAGGUAUGGAUAAUAGUUAUCCUAGUGGUAUACCUGUGAAAGCAGGCAUGCCUUUAAGCCAACACCAAGCUCAGUCUCAAGCAUUUUAUAUGGCGGCUGUCAGUAAUGGUAUUCCUCCUCAAAUCGUCAAUCUUUUGCCUCAUAAAGCAUUGCAAUGUAACUGGAUUCUUCAACAAGCUGCACAGAACAAAAUGACACUGAUGCCUAACCAACAGCAACAACUCCAGGCUGUAUUGAAUGAGCAGAUUGAGAUGGCCAAACAACAAUUAGCACAACAGAAUUCCGGUAUGCAUGAUAUGACAUCCAAUACACCUGCUUCACUUGCCAAUGUGUCUUCAUCGCCUUUGAUUAAAACAGAAGAAUUCACAGCAUCAGCGACACCACCACCACCACCGCCACCAUCAUCCUCAUCCUUAUCCUCACAACAACAAAAACAACAACAGCAACCGCGUUCGUUAGACAACAACAGUCAGAUACCCACCUCUAACAAUACUAGUAAUUCUAAUAUGAUUGUUCAACCUUCUAUGACACUUCAUCAAUCCCCGAGUGAAGAUAUGAUGUCGUCUCUUUAUUUCUCUAAUGACAUGAUGGACAAUCCAAUCCAACAUCAGACACAAACAUGCCGCUAUCCAACCUCUCAACCCAGCACCACCACCACCAAUACAACCACAACGACUGCUGUUUCAGAGCCUAUGAAGCCAUCCUUUGAAGGCUACUCUUCAGCCUUAAAAGAAGGCUACAAGGACGAGACAUUUGGCACGCCUGAUUUGACACUGAUGAAGCCCAGUGCUAUUAAGCAAGAAGAAUCGUUUGAGACCAAUGAUUUACAGUCUUCCUGGUAUGACUCAACAGCAGCAAUUGAUCUUGGCUUGGAUGGAUUUGAUUGGGACAAUAAUGAUUUUGUCAAACUGGACGAUAAUGAUGCACCUGCCAACACAAAUACAGGUAAUAAUAAUAAUGAAAAGAAUUCAGCAUCCUCAUCAUCACAACAGCAGCAAGAUGAUAAGAAAUUAAUAGAUGAAAGUGGCAAACUUUGUGCAGUUAGUCUAUAA